AUGGAGUCUAAAAUUUUAGAAGAAAAACAAAAUUUCACACCAAAGAAGAAAUAUCCGCACAAGUGGAACAAUUUCCAAGUUAUUUCUCCAAAAAUGGCGAUAUUGCGCGGUAAUUAUUCAAUUUUUGACAAGCGAUUCAAAUUUGUAAGCCGUGGACAGCAAGGAACUGCGUGUUGUGUCGUCGCCAUUGUUUUUAGCCGCCUAGUUAACCCCAAAAACUGGACCAUGGAUCAUGUGAACAAAGUGCUGGAAAAUGGUGACAAACUUUUCCGCCUGAGCCAAUGGCGUAACAAGGUGAAAGAUACCUUGAUGACGACACAGAUGGUGUACCCGGAGUUUUUUAUUGACGACUACAAGUGCAAUAUUCUUUGCGAGCCGAACAAAGUGUGUGGCAACUUAUUCACCGAGUCUGCCGGGUGUCCUCUGAUUGGAGAUGGGAUCAAAAAGUUUCUUCAAGAUCACGAAGCGGGAGUUCUGACCAGUUCUGGUGCAGCGGUCGCAAUAUGGCGGCACACUGUAGAGGGGAAGUUCUGGUACUUCAGUCCGACAUCUUGUGAUGAAACUGGCCGGCAAAAAGAAGCGUGCUUAAUAAUUUCAAAGGACAUUAAUGACCUCGUUGAAUUGUUUUUAACGAAUCUAAAUGACAACGACUCACGUUAUUCUGUGGAUAAAAUUACAGUAGUUAAGAUUAAUCUGAUAAAUCGUUCAUUGCCCGACGAUAGAGGUCUAUUAACGAUUAAUAAAAAUGUCCGUUCUACAAAUACAAAAGGGGAAAAGAAAUUUAAGGUAAAAAAAAAAGAUGUCGUUAAUAAAGAGCCAUUGGCAAUAACGAUAUCGAAUUACAAUAUCGAGACGACUUUUGCCCAAGAUCCGUUGAUUGAUCAGAAUAACUUUGAUACGGGCUAUGAUUACUAUGACAUUGAGGUUAAUGUUCCGUCUACAUUUCGUGAGUUAUCGCAAGAUCGAGCCAUUCUGCACGGAUGGACACAUGAAUCUGCGGAUGUAUACAAAGGAAAAGGUGCGCAAAAUGUCGCCAAUUGUAUUUCUGCUUUAGCGAUCAAGAAGAUAAGUCCGGUAAGAACAUGGCUACGUCCUAAGCUCGACGAAAUUCUAUCACUAGGUGACGCCCUGUACUUGGAGGUUAAGAGUUUGAAUUCUGCGAAGCGUACAAUUGACUUUAACGAUCGAAAGAUCCAAAUCGAUGGAAAAAGCCAUUUUGUCGAUGUGGAUUUGAUUACUGUCACCGGUACUCUGGCGUCCAAGGUUCCUGAUGUCUUAAAUUUGAAGCAAGCGUUGCUGGAGUUCUUCCUGGUAAACACAGAUGGCGUUGUGCAGUGUUCCUCAAUGGCCAUAGCAGUUUGGACGCAAAAUGGCUGCUAUUAUUCCUUUGAUCCUCGGCAGUGUGAUGCAAAUGGCGACCGAGUUAGAGAAGAGCCCAAGCGUAAGCAGAAGAAAGAUACGGAGGUUAAAAAAAAAAGUGGCAAAUGCUGUGUUAUAAGAUUCCCUACAGUUGAAUCAUUAGCUUAUAAUUUUAUCGACAAAGUAGAAAAUAAAAAUGAUCGGUUUAUCAUAAACAGCGUAAGUGUUGCUGAUGAUGUUCCUGGGACGAGAAAAUGGAGGGAGUUUGAGCCUGGGGAAGCUGGAAAGACUUGGGUUCUACAGGGAACUAUUUCUAAUGCAGACGAGGAUUUUGAAAGCGCUGGUAUGCAAGGAAUCGCGAUUCCAGUAGUAGCUUUGGUUACUGCUCAAGAGGUGGCGCCUCAGGACUGGACUAAGGCAGUUGUUGAUCAGGUGGUGAGAGAUGGCGACGCGUUUUUCAAGUGGUGUGUUCCUCAAGAAGAAGAGGAAGAACAAGAAAUUACUUUGAGAAACUUGAAACGCAAGGUCUAUGUCAACAGUAGGAGAGUCAAGUUUGAUAUUGGUGAAGCAGUGGUAGUUGGUAAUUCUGAAUUUUCUGCCUUAGCAGAGGGAAUCACCAAGUUCUUCACUGAGCACCAGUACGGUAUAGUAGAAUUCGGGGAUCUAGUGGUCGCAAUAUGGAAGCACGAUCAAGUUCUUCCGAAGACAAAGGGCAAGGAAGCUGGAACGGAAACGACUUACUAUUGUUUUGAUGCAAAUCCUCGUGGACCACUUGGAGAAAAGAAUUCUGAGGAAGAAGAAGCUGCUUGUGUGAUUCGUGCAGUUGACCCUGAAGAAAUAGCUCGGAGAAUUCAUGCAAAUGCAGAAGGCUCUGGAGAGUUUUUCAUCCACUCAUUCCAAGUUGGGGAGAUAAGUGAGACUAUGACUCCCGAAGAAAUAGAAGCAGACAAGCAGAAGCCUACGAAGCCUUCUUUGGGUGAUUUCGUGGAACUUGACGAAGACAGUGCUUGUUUAUACGGAUCUGUUGACCUGGAUGACAAAUCCCAAGCUGCUGUUGCUUUGGUGACAUUAGGAAUGACCAAGCUGUACAGUCCUUUCUUAUGGACCAGGGAAGUCGUUGAUGAUAUUGUCAAGUUAGGAGUCAAGGUUGCAGAGAAAAACGUUGAAAACUUGCCAGAGGAGGAAAGAGUUUACCUCCUACCCAGUGAAAUUGAAGAAUUUGAUAUUGGUGUCAAUAGAAUUAGUGUCGAAGCGGAAGAAAACGCUACUGGGACCUUGGAGAACUUGGUUACCAUGCUCCAGGGGUUCUUAGCCAGAAACACUGCGGGGAUUCUUCGGCAAGAUGGAGUUAUGGUGCCGAUUUGGAAAGAGGGUGACGUUUUCUUCACGUUCAACCCACGUUUGGAUCAAGAAACUAAAGAAAAUCCCACAGUCUUCUGGUUCACUAACAUCGCAGCCCUGGUAGCAAACAUUCAGCCGAUGUUUGACCAAGCUGGGAAUAUUGUUCUGGAUUCUGUGAAUCUAGAAAGCGAGUAUGAAACACGGGUCGCUGAAAAUGAACGUCCUAAGCCGGCGACGUCUGAUGAGGAGCUUUGGUACAACUUCCCCAAGGUUUCUCAAGGUGUUUGGCAGCUUUUAGGGAGUGUGUCUCUAAACGACGAAAAGUUUCUUCCAGGAAACCACGGAAACCAAACAGCAGCUCUGGCUGCAAUGGCAGUGAUAUUUUCGAAAGUCUACGAGCCAAAGCAAUGGAACAAAGAAAUCAUCGACGAAGUGGUAGUGACUGCUGAUAAGCUUCACACCAAAACAGUAGAGUGUCUUGGUAAUGUUGUCAACCCUAGAGUAAAUCAAGUGAUUCCCGAAUUCUUCUUGUCCAACCGACGACUAGAUUUGACGAUACGCGACUGUGUUGAAUCUGGAAAAGUCUCUUCCAACUUGUUGACUUUGAAGGAAGGCUUGGAAAGGUUCUUCCAAAACUUCAGUUCCGGAGCUUUAACGCUUGGAGACGUCAACGUCGGAAUCUGGAAGUCUAAAGAUUUCUUCGCUGUUCUACCAAGUUCGAAGUUCCCAGGUGACUCUGGCGAUCAAGUGAAGGUCUUGAGAUUCAAGACAACCGAACAGUUGGCUGCUUACUUCUCUAGAUUGGUUGACGCAGAGGAAGACUACGAAAUCCACGCGAUAGAUGUGGUUGAUUGGAACAAAUUUCCGCCUUGGAAACAUGACCCUAGUUCAGUGGUACGUCCUUCUAAUCUUCCAGCUCUGAAUGCAUACCGGGAACUCCCUCCAGCGAGAGCUAUUCUUCAAGCAGGAAUCGACCAAUCUUCCGAUAUCUUUCCUCCAUCACUUCGGAACCGCCAAACUGCUUCCAAUUGCGUGGUAGCGCUUGCAAUGGCCGUUGUAAAGAACUCCCUGACCUGGACCAAGAAGACUCUCGAUGAAAUCUUGGUUAUAGGAAACAAGCUCCAUCGAGAAUCACUGAAGGCAACCAAGGACAAAGUGAAGCCUGGAGACGUUGUCAGAGUGUUUCACAUUGGUGUCAACGCUUUGACGGCUGAUGUAGAAGUUGCAGUUGCAGGAUUGGUGGCGGUCAAACCUCCUGAGCCUGAAGUAAAAGGGAAAAAGACCAAGAAGCCGAAGUCUGCUAGAGGAAAGAAGAAAACCCGAGAGUUGCCACCUCAAGCAGUGCCUCCGUUGCUACAAGAAGGGGUCCAACAGUUUUGGGAAGAAAACAGUGCAGGAAUCCUCGUUAUAGGCAGCUACAUGGUUUCCAUGUGGAUGGAACAUGGUGUCUACUUUCUCUGGGACCCUAGACCCAGAAGCAAACAGGGCUUGAAGAUUUCUGGGCCUUCCGAAGAAGGGUUUGCUUGCGUGAUGUGGUUUGCGUGCUUGGAACCUUUCUACGAUGUUAUUCUGGAGAAUAUUGAUGAAGAAGACAAGUUUGGAAGCUUUGAAAUCUUUCGAGUGAUUGUCAAUACGUUGAUUGUUGAAAGUCUUCCCGGUCCGGUGGGAUUCCAAGCGUUCGUAGAGGAAGGAACAAAGCAGACUGUUGAUGUUAAAGUUGCCAGUGAAUUUUUCUUUGUAGAUAAAGAUCUGAGUGUCUUGAAAGGAAGCAUUCAUAUGAACAGUUCUGCGUUUGACUUGAAAUACAGAGGGCGCCAGAGUACUGCGAUUGCUGCAGUUGCAAACGCAGUGGCAGUUCUUCAUGUUCCGAGCACUUGGACGUCAGAACUUGUUGAUGCGAUUGUCAGGUAUGGUGAUGUUCUGCACCGAGAUUCUACAAGGAUCAGAAAUGCUGAAUGUGAAAAGAGGAAUCUUUUGGCUAAAGAAUUGUUAGAUAGCUUCGUUAUAGGAGAUUUUAGAGUAAGCAUCAGUGUUAGCAGCAACGAGACGGCGGGAAUUCUAGUGGUGCAUGACUUGGCUCAAGCACUUGGAGUUUUCUUCAGAAACCACUGCGCUGGUAUCCUUCAUACCAGCAAUUUAGCAGUUGCAGUUAUGCAGCAUUAUGGUAAAUUCUACAUGUUCGAUCCAAGUGAGUGUGACAAAUUCGGCAGGUCUUAUUAUCUUGAUGACGUGGAUGAUAAUGAUAAUGGCGAAAGGAAGGACCAAGUUGGGGGAGGUGGCGCUUGUGUAGCCAAGUGUGAGAGUAUAAUGAGGUUGGCGAGCAUUUUCGUUGCAAAAGAAAUAUUUUUGGCUUGUAAAAUUAUAACAAAAUUCUACACUAUGGAUUCUUUUAAAGAAGAAAAAGAAAUAAAAUGA